UGGACAGUAUUCAUUUCACGAUAAGGGCUGCGCACAUUUAACACUUAAAGGAAAACUACAUUUGUUUAACUUUCCCCACAACACAAACAUGUAUUUUCGUUCUGUGCGUUCUCGAGAGAGAAGACGAGUUUGCAUGCGGGAGCUAACAAUGCACGUAAAACGGCUAUUUCGACCCCCAAAAGGGCCAACAAUGUACCAUUUACAUAUCUGAUCUGUAUAUUAACUAAGCGAUAUUGUUAUUGUCGCACCAAAUACGAAAACACGAACUAUAUUUUACUGGCGUAGUAACACAACACCUCCAAUCACUACCACGCGGUACACACACCCACCCACCCACACCGACUUGAGCUGCAACUGUGUUGUUUAUAUGUUUGGAAAAGUUAACGCUAUCUUGUAAUCAUACCUCGGACGUGCAUUGUAAAAUGUUGUGGCAACAAGCCGAAACGUUGGUCAGCUUUAAUAUUCCACUCGCUACCAACUAAACACCCGGUCAGACUGAAUCAGUGGAUACCUGCUCUCAACUUCGACCCGACGACACCGCGACGAAGACUCAACAAGAUGCUCCAGGAAGAAGCUGUUGAUGAAAUCGCUAAGGAGGGUUGCAAUGUAUCCGUAGCCAAGAAGCCCAGCACGUCACUGCCUUGCACAGGAGGAACAGGUUUCAAAUAUACUUUGAGAAGAUCGCGGAACGACGCUUCACUCGUUUUAUUGACACAGAAGUUUGUAAAGAUGCUAGAGCAGGCGAAAGAUGGCAUUUUGGACCUUAACAUCGUCAGCAAGUACCUCAAAGCCUCUAAGAGACGCAUCUAUGACGUCACAAACGUCCUGGAGGGGAUCAAACUCAUCAAAAAGAUGUAUAAGAAUCACGUGCAGUGGUUGGGCGGUUGGCAGCAAGAAGAGAGAGUGCAAAUAGUAAAGAGGCUUGCUCAAGAAGAGAAGACAUUGGAUGAGCUGAUCGGGAAAUGCACACGUGAUAUUCAUCUGAUGUGUUUGGAUGACGCCAGCGCCAGAUUUGCCUACUUGACGUACGAGGACAUUCAAACCAUUCCCAGCCUCAGAGAGCAGGCUGUGUUGGUGAUCAAAGGUCCCCCAGACACAAAGAUGGAGGUUCCGCACCCAAAAGAGAGCCUCCAGAUCCACAUCAAGAGCACUCGGGGCCCAGUUGAGGUGUUUUUCUGCUCAGACGAUCCUAUACCAAUGGAAGACACAGACAGGGUCUCAGCCAAUGACACCAGCGACAGCCACAUGUCCAUCAUUAGUAACAAUGACUUCUUUUUAAUAGACACGUCCUAUGCGCUGAUGCCUCUCAAAAGUGAGCCUUGUUUAUGAGGGUCCAUCAAAACACCAGAAUCGUCCCUCUCACUCCAUAUUAACAAUUGUCGGAACCUCAUCACCAACCCCUUUUAACUGGAAAAACAUAGAUUUGUUUUCAUCGACUUCAUGAUGCAGAAUGUAGAGUACCCAGAAAGAUGCACCUUGGAUUUACUGGCGUCUGUUUUUGCCUUGGCUCUCAACUGUGUGUACAAUGUACAUGGUUAUGUUGUGGUUAUAAGAGGAUAAUAUUUGUGCUGUUACUGUCAAACAACAAUAAAUGCGAUGUAUGAAUGUGGGAAGAUACUUUUAACCAGUUUUGAUUGGCUUUGAUUCUUUGAUAGAUUUUUGUGCAAGUACUUUUUUUCUUCUUCACACUUGUGCUGUAAAACGAAAAAUAAAGACGUCCGUCCAUCCA